GGAGGACUGGUACAUGCAGAGGUGGUGAACACGUUCCAGAAAACCUGUCUCUCCAUGCGUAGAUUAUUUUCUCCUUAUUACAAGCAGGUACGUCGAAAAACCAUUUUACAAUAACUGAACAAUUUCUCGUUCGCUGAUUUGUAGAGAGUUGGAAAUGACCUCAUGGUGACGCAAUUUUUUUUUUCUCUCUUAAUGCGCCAGUGUAUCUUAUACGAGGUGUUAAUUGAGGAGACUGCUACCGCUCGUACUGUUGAUUUUGAUUGUAAUAACAGUAAUGCGUAUUUUGCACAAAUUUGCGAAACUGGAGCCAAAUUCAAGCAGUUAUUGUAAUAUCAUCUUCCCUUCAACAGCGCUUAAAGCAGAAAAAUCCCAACGCACGUUUUACAUGUACCGGAGUGGAGGGUGUGGUCGAACAUGGGGUGAUGUUCCACCGAAUUCCAGACAACGCAACUGAACAGAAGAAGUCUCCAUCAAUCUUCAAGUAUUGGGUUAUCGGGUACGUUUAGAAAGAAUUCGAACUUGUUGCGAGGAAAUAGGCAAGCUCUAGUGUCAUGCUACAGGAGGGAGCAUUAAGAGGUUGCCUUUUAGUUUACUUUCUUCGUAUUUCUUUUUUUCUCUUCUUCUUGUCGUUAUUUUAUAUAUUUGAAGCGUGAAAGAGCCGUCUGUUGCGGCAAGCUGACCAGUAGGCCAUUUCCGUUUGCCCCAAGCCUCUGUCUUUAAGCGAGGCUAAGUGCGAAGCCAUUGAUAUGAAAAUGAGUUUUUAUUCUAGUGUACAAAAACUCAUUUUCCUUAGAAGGGUUUUGCACUUAGCCUCGUUUUGAAAGUGAGAGAUUUGGGAACUCGGAAAGGCCUAUUGGAGUGUGUUAUUUAAAAUGAUUUCUCGGAGGGGAAGGAAACUGCGCUUGAAAGCAUAAACCAGCACUUUUAAGUCAAAUGUGAGUGAUAUUAAAAGCUAAUUCAUAAUACUUUCUUCUGUUGAACCUAGACGGCUUCUACCAGGAGAUCAUCCGCGUGAACUGUAUGUUUGUCACCACCAGUCAAUGCCUCAAUCUGUGGUAGAGUUGGCCUUCAAACUGGGUUUUGGAGUUUGA